GUGGGCGGCCCUGCCGGUGCCGUGCCUGCGGGUGCUGGCGUCCCACCUCCACGCCUCCCGCUGCCUCUUCGCCGUCAGCGUAACCUGCCGCGGCCUCGCGCGCAUCGGCGACCACCUAGCCACGGACCUGAGCGGCGUGGCGGCCCCAGACCUGCACCGCGCGUUGACCAG